AGGCGUUCUAAGGAGAUAAUCCCAGAGUGUUGAAUACAUGGAAGGAAAUAAUGACUUCCUGAACUGGUGGGGAUGUUAAUCUCCCCCUUGGCCACAGUCCAGACCUUAAGCCUGGUUGAAUCUCUGGUGAAAAGCUGGUGGUGAUUGUCCUCCCUGAGUCUCCUUUUCAGCUUCUGCCGGAGCCAGUAGCAGUUGGGAAAGAAGGCUGUGCUCUUUGAAGACCCCUCUAGGUAUAAGCCAGACCUAAAGAGCAGGAUGGAUCUUGACGUGGUUAACAUGUUUGUGAUCGCGGGUGGGACGCUGGCCCUUCCGAUCCUAGCAUUUGUAGCCUCAUUUCUCCUGUGGCCUUCAGCCCUGAUAAGAAUCUAUUACUGGUACUGGCGGAGGACGCUGGGCAUGCAGGUCCGCUAUGUGCGCCACGAAGACUAUCAGUUCUGCUACUCCUUCCGCGGCAGGCCUGGCCACAAACCUUCCGUCCUCAUGCUCCACGGGUUCUCUGCCCACAAAGACAUGUGGCUCAGCGUGGUCAAGUUCCUCCCGAAGAACCUGCAUCUGGUCUGCGUGGACAUGCCAGGACAUGAGGGCACCACCCGCUCCUCACUGGAUGACCUGUCCAUAGAUGGGCAAGUCAAGAGGAUACACCAGUUUGUAGAAUGCCUCAAGCUGAACAAAAAGCCUUUCCACCUGGUGGGCACCUCCAUGGGCGGCCACGUGGCUGGGGUGUAUGCUGCUUACUACCCGUCAGACGUCUGCAGCCUGUCCCUCGUGUGCCCUGCUGGUCUGCAGUACUCAACUGAUAAUAAAUUUGUGCAACGGCUCAAGGAACUGCAGGAGUCGGCCGCCGUGGAGAAGAUCCCCUUGAUCCCGACCACCCCGGAGGAGAUGAGUGAGAUGCUGCAGCUCUGCUCCUAUGUGCGCUUCAAGGUGCCCCAGCAGAUCCUGCAGGGCCUUGUCGAUGUCCGCAUCCCUCACAACACCUUCUACCGAAAGUUGUUUUUGGAAAUCGUCAGUGAGAAGUCGAGAUACUCCCUCCAUCAGAACAUGGACAAGAUUAAGGUCCCUACGCAGAUCAUCUGGGGGAAACAAGACCAGGUGCUCGAUGUGUCCGGAGCGGACAUGUUGGCCAAGUCAAUCGCCAACUCCCAGGUGGAGCUCCUGGAAAACUGUGGCCACUCGGUGGUGAUGGAGAGGCCCAGGAAGACAGCCAAGCUCCUUGUCGAUUUCUUAGCUUCUGUACACAACACAGACAGCAGCAAGAAGCUGGACUGAGGCCCCGGCCGCAGCCUGAGCUCCACACCCAGCCUCCACUCCCGUCUCCGGAACCUGUCACGGCCACCACUGCUCAGGGACCCUGCCCCAAAUGCGGAGGGAGCGCCCCCGUCCCUGAGGAAGCCAGCCCCCGCUCCAGCCCUGGUCUCUCUAGAUCCACAGAGCCUCAGGGGCCAUGAAAAAAUCUCCAAGAUGUUUUUUCACAAAAUGCAAAUUCACAUGGAACAACAAAAGAAAACCCAUCCAUGAAAUCUACCCAGAAGUCUUCACAUUUAUGUUGCAGAGCGCCCACAUUGGACCACUGAGGACAUUUCCUUUAAGAUGUUCCUCACAGACUGAGAUUCCAGGUGUUUUCUGUUGCUCAGACAUUCUCCUGUGCAUAGCCAGUGGCUCUUUUAGGAGCAUUAGCCCCCUCUUCACCGAGCCCCUUGUUUAUGUCUGAUUUAAGUUUUAUGUCCCAUGUGUGACUGCCGCCCGUCAACUGCAGGACCAUGGAGGAACACCGCAGGCUGGAGGAAACAGACACGCAGAAGACACGGCCUGCCUCAGCCAGCUGGCAGAGCAGCAGAGAACACGGCUGAUUUGACCGGCACCGUGUGUCAGGUUAUGUCUCACGUGAGCCUGGCUAGUGCAGUACAGAGAUUCCCUGGCGGGGGGGUUUCCUGGGAAUAAUUUAUUAUUAAAAAAAAAGCAAGACUAAUAAAGCAAUAAUAUUCUAGACAUCUAUCUAAAUAAUCAGACUCGGGUUCCACUUCAAAGCACCUCUUUUCUAUCUUGCUGUGCUACUGAAAAACCUUUGGAUGUUUGUUAAUGAAUUCUGUGAAUUCUGUGAACAAUAGUGUAAUUGAAAAUAAAUCUAAACUGCUGUAAAAGUGACCACAAUGACAUGAAAUAAAUGUAAUAAGUCUAGAUCA